AUGGACAACCUUAAACCCGGUGGCAAUAUUUCUCUGUUGAACUUGCCAGAACCCAUAUUGGAUUGCGUUCUAAAGCUCCUUUCACCAAUGGAACUCGUUACUAUGUCUGAAGUGUGUAUUUGUUUAAGGGAUAGAUGUCGAAGUGAACCUUUGUGGGAAGUCCACAUAAAGCAGAAAUGGGGUGGAUUCAUUGGUGAUGUUGCAUACAAGGAGUGGCAAUGGCAUAUCACAACAGCUAAGGAGAGAGGAAACAACCAAUUGAAUCAACAGAACUAUCAGAAUGGAUCAUUGGGAUCUUUCAGUGGUACUUGGCCUGUGUUACACCUCAGAUCAUAUCUAGAAGAUUGCAGACAUCUUAUUAGCUCAUUGGGAAAUAGCUUUAUGAUGACUUUGUAUUUCUCUCUAGAGAAUGGCAAGUUCUGGUUUCCAGCUCAAGUCUACAGGGGAGCAUUGGUUCGUGAUGCCUUAGUUAGAUAUGAUUCCAAAACUGAUAACUUUCAAGCAAGACAACAAAAUGGUGGUUGGCAUGUGAUGGGGAACAACAUCCAAUGGAAAAUCCUUAGAGCUCCCCCAGUUGAUACCCCUCCAUGUGUUCGAUACGUCUCUGAUUGUUUGCAAGACUUAAAACCUGGGGAUCAUAUCGAGAUCCAACGGAAAUCAAGAAGAGAAAUCCCUUAUGAUUGGUGGUAUGCUGUUAUUGGUCACAUGGAAUCAUGUAAUGAAAACCAGAACUUCUGCCAAUGUCGUUACUCGGAUACAUUAAUGUUGGAGUUCAAGCAAUAUUCUCACGGAUCAAGCAUGAGACGAGUAAAGCUAUUAAGAAACGGGGAACAAUAUGAAGAAGCAAGUGGAUGCUACGGAGGAAUUAGAAAGCUUGUGAGUGAGGAGGAGAUCCAGAGAUGGGAGGAGCUCUUGCCGCCACCGUGUCAAACUCCUGUAUACAUAGCUUGA